ACCAAGUGCACUUGACGUUCUGACGCACGGACACCUCAGGUAACAUCCAUUGAAUCUUUUGUAGUCACCGCUGCGCAGCAGUCAAAUAACAACUUUCUCAUUUCACAUAGAAAAACUUUGUAUCCUACGUCGCGGUGUAUAUGUCACGCGAAAUGGCUCUCGCUGCUUAUCGUCAUGUCCUUCGUAGCGCCAUGAUUGCUUUUAAGAAUGAUACAACCAUGCUCAGCGCGGCGCGCAAUCAAGCCCGCACGGCAUUCGAAUCGAAUCGCCAUCUCUCACCAGGUACACCAGAAUUUGCGGAACAAGUCGAGCACGCAGAGGGAGUUGCACAAAUACUACGACAGAACGUUGUACAAGGGAAGCAAGAAGAAGAUGGCAGAUACAAACUAGGAAUACAUGAGCAUACUGAGCGAGGAGACAAUGAGUCUAUAAAGAUGCCACGCGUCCAAGAUGUUAAGAUGCCUCGCGGCAAGACCAAUCGUCCGCAAACUAAUUUAAGUGGGAAACCCAGUUUCUCGUAAGAAAUUCGCCUUUGAACUC